GAUGGACAGGAAUGGUAGUAGGCCCAAGCCCUACUCUAGGCCUAAAGUGGCAGCUCGAAAUAUUGAAUAUCAUCCAUCGGAUGCUGAAGACGAGGAAUCUCCACUUCACAGACCCACUCCACCGAUUCGUAGUGCUCAGAAAAGACUUAUCGAUAUUGGCACCAUCGAUAUCCUUCUAGAGUACUGGAAAUCCUUCGGGAAUGCUUUGGCCUAUCUCUUAUCCCCCAACAAUAAUUCGUCUCCUUGCGCUCGUCUUAUACCAAAAGAGCAAUGUACGGGCUAUCUCUUUGAACGUCUAAUCGUUUCGGCCUACGGCGCUGUGUAG